UGCUAUUUUUGCGUAAAGAACGGUCCUCGUCUAUUUAUCCAGUAACAAUAAUCAGGCCAGAGUUAGUGUUGGUUUUCGAAUUUAUCUUAGUAUUUGCUUUCUAUUGUUCAAUUGCUGUGCAAGUGUGGGAAGCGGAAUACCGAAACCACAAUGGCAGAUGAGAACGAGAAUUCAUGCGAUAAGUUCGACGACGUGAAGCCGGAUAAAAUGUUUACGCUCAAGAAGUGGAACGCCGUUGCAAUGUGGAGCUGGGAUGUAGAGUGCGAUACGUGUGCCAUUUGCCGGGUGCAGGUUAUGGAUGCUUGCUUGCGUUGUCAAGCCGAAAGCAAAAAAGACACCCUGGGACGGCAGGAUUGUGUAGUAGUUUGGGGUGAGUGCAACCACUCCUUUCACCACUGCUGCAUGUCACUGUGGAUCAAGCAGAACAAUCGUUGCCCACUCUGCCAACAGGAAUGGUCCAUUCAAAGAAUGGGCAAGUAAAUCAGUGUGCUGAGAAUAAAAACCACGAUCUGGAUAAUUUGCUAAAUGAAUAUAUUUCCUUAGUUUAGUGUGCUCGUACACAAGUAAGUGCAUAAAUAAAAAAAAAUUCUUUUGGAACAA